CAGCAGCCCUUCAACCACUCCGUCGCCGGCCCAUCCAGACCGAAUUCCGCCGUGUACGACUUGGAAAGUCCUCCUUUUGACAAAGCCCCCAUCAAAGCCAGUAGCUCGGACGCCCAACCGUCACAAUGGUCAACCUAUUCAAGCGGAUGCGGAAGCUGAAAACCGUAAGUCUCCUCGACCUCCAAGUCGGAGCCGGAGCCGCAACCUUCCCCACCGCCUCGUCCGCGACCAAGGAAUUCCCUGCCAUCACCCGCCUACACCUCACAUACGCCCGCAAGAUCUACGGCGGCCACCAAGGUGCCCGACAUUUCUGGCGCAACUGUCUCCCCCGUCUUAAGUACUACAACCCGGCGGUACCGAUGACCGUGCGACAGACCGAUCAGCAGGACGGCCCGGCCGCAUUGACGAUCUACUUCUCCGAGCGGGCCAGCAACGCCGCAACAUUGCUCGCUGGCAAGGUCACCGACAAGCACGCCCCGGCACCCUCGUCGACAGAGAAGACGGCCGUCUUGGAUGUCAAGGACCUCGAUUACAAGGAUAUCUGGACGAAGGUGAAGAACAUGACGGGAGCGCAGGAUAUUCCUGCCUCGGCGGAGCAGCAGGCGGAGCUACAGAAGUUGGAACAGAUGCGCCAACAGGGUGAUAAGGAUCGGUUGCGUAUAGCUGCGAUCAGACAGGCCAAGGCGGAUCAGGAACGCAUGCUGCAAGAAGCUAGAGGUGAGGUGGAGAAGUUGAAGCAGCUGUGAGAUUGAGUUCGUGUCCUGUUAGGAUUUUGCUGGGGGGAAGUUUGGGUGGGAAAGUGUGAUUGUGUCAGUUGUCUCUCUGGGUAUAUACCUCUGCUUUGAGAUGGGAUGAGGGUUGUGGGAAUACCACUUGGGCGUGGUGGUCUCUUGUAGCAUAGCAUUUCUUUACUAUUCCUGUUCGAUUAUGUAGUUUUGGGAAUUCUUUUUUGUUCAACAGUGGUCUACACACAUUGUUCGCCCGAGAGCAGUCUGCCUUUAUAUGGUUGUGGAACUAGUAUAGACGCACUUGACAAUGUUGAGGGUAGUCACUAUUUAUGCAAGUAGGCUUG